AUGUCAAGGGUCCCCGAGCCACUGACUAUUGGAAGAGUUAUAGGAGAGGUGGUGGACAAUUUCUCCCCAAGUGUCAAAAUGACGGUAACUUACAACUCCAACAAACAAGUUGCCAAUGGCCAUGAGCUCAUGCCUGCAGUCAUUACUGCUAAACCUCGGGUUGAGAUUGGCGGCGAGGACAUGAGAGCUUCUUACACAUUAAUCAUGACAGAUCCUGAUGCUCCAAGCCCUAGUGAUCCGUACUUGCGAGAACAUUUGCACUGGAUGGUUACGGACAUUCCUGGUACAACUGAUGAUUCUUUUGGGAGGGAAGUUGUUAGCUACGAGACCCCAAAGCCAACAGUUGGCAUCCACAGAUACGUUUUCGUUCUGUUCAAACAGAGAGGAAGACAAACAGUGAGGCCAUCAUCUUCGAGGGAUUACUUCAACACCAGGAGGUUCUCAGACGAGAACGGUUUGGGCCUCCCAGUGGCUGCAGUGUACUUCAAUGCCCAGAGAGAAACUGCUGCAAGAAGAAGAUAACCCUACCCGCCCUAGUCGAUACAUAAUAGCACUACUAAUAAUCCACAUCAAAAAGAAAGAAAAAAAUGCGAAUGUAAAGACCCAACAUUAUCUCUCUCCUGGAUUUAGGGUUUGACACGUAUGUUUUCUGUGAUGGCUAUUUUACUCGUAAUCUUGUCGUGUCGU